AUGGGUCAAAUCGACGGCGAGAAUGACAAACUCGUCACCGAUCGAGUGUUGGCUUGUGUGCUUGAUGGGCCCUACUACAAACCUGUCCUACUAAACGAUGUGCUUGGAACUUCUGGUGCUACUCUAGUCCCUGAAAGUUACCAUCCCCAGGUAGAUGGAUACCGAGUCGUACGUCGUCGCGGUGCUACACUUAAUGACGACGCCUAUGCCACUUAUAUGGACACUUGUGCUCUGAUUUCCACGACUCUGGAUAUGAUAUUAGAUACUUGUGACAAAGAUCUCGGCUACAGUGUUACAAGAGAUGGCUUACGAAUUGUAGUAGACGGUGAAAAGGCUUCUGAUAGCACUAGUGACACCGUCUACAUGAUCAAGAACGCUCUACCAGUGCUAGUGAUGCCGUUCUGGGACAACGCAUCAGUUGCACGUUAUGCUGUGCCUGGCACGGAUGGAUCAGCCUGUAUGUUUCGCUUAACAGGGAAAUACGUCGAUUCAACUUUAACGGAUGGAUUCCCGGCGAUGUUAGCGGUUAACAGAUCAGUUAGAGAGUAUUUAACCCAGAAAUGGCUACAGGCACCAAACGGGAAGUGGCGACACGGAUGGCUACAUGUUGGGAAUGGAGAUGAAUCGGAGACAGCUUACUUCUCGGAUGUCAUCAGCUCCGAUCCAGCGUCUAUUGAUGGACUGACUCAACGGGAAUUUAACACGUUAACAAAGCAAGAACUCGACUGUGUUACAAACCGAAAGGAAUGUUUCACUUCGUCUGUAUCGCAAACCUGGGGAGACAAGAUGUCUACUGAAGAACGAGAACUGACGAUGACCUCGAUCACGAUCGCUUCGUCGCAACACUUUGGGUUCUUUCUAUUCACAAGCACCUUCGAGCGUACCGUGCGAGUGAUUUAUGACUGGGAAACAUUGAUUGCAAAUGUGUCACUGGGAAUGUUACUAGUACGUUGGAUCGUGGCGAUGGCAGCACUUCAUCGUGGUUUCUAUCAAGGGAGAAGCGAAUGGUUCAUUGGCGGACUGGGCUGUGUGUCGGGAUCACGCAGUUUCAACAUGCUUCCGAUGGUGUUACUACCUCACCUGAAAGUUACGAUCGCUUCUUUUUGGACUGCCGGGUGUUACUUUGACGGUGAACAGAUCGCGUUAUCCGAGUCGUGGUCGACGAUUUAUCCCGGGCUGGUGGAGUUUUGCCUUGUAUACUACAGCUUGCUCAAUAUUGUUGCCAAGAUCACGCGUCGAAGAAUCACUGAUAGUUUUUUCACGCCCACGUUGGCAUUACUCUGUUUACUACAUCGUAUUCGCGUGUUACUAGCGUCUUCAGGUGCACUACCGGGUGUGGAUGGCCGAGUGGCAACUAAAAUCCAUUCAGCUGAGAUGCAGGAGCUACAACUCGUUGACUUCUUCAUCUCGGACGUUGGGCCUCGUAUGAACGCGAACUUGACACUGCUGAUGUGUAUCAAGCUCGUGCUGGUGGGGCUCAACCUUCUGCCUCUAGUGUUUGCUCGAUACAUUCCUCCUGUCAAACAGCCAGACACGAAGCUCCAAGGCGUUGAACGAGCUCUUGCCAUUCGUGCCAGCAACGUCGGAGGUCUGGGAUGUUCGCUAGUUUACAUUUAUGGAGACGAAAAAAGUGAUCGGACCAAAAUUGCACUAAAUAGCUACGAAUUGGUCCGACUGGGCUACGUGGUGUUUGGAGGUCAAUUCUUGCUCACCUUCGACGCGUGGGACGUCAUCAUGAACACGGCCCCACUUCAUCAAAGACAUCAUCUGUGGAAUUACCGCGUGGUAGUCUUCCCUCUUCGUGAGAGAGAUGGCUUCGCUGCUGUAGGAGACAAACCGAUUGUGUGUCGUUUAGAUGACGCGCGACUAGACUCAAUUUCGUUCUGGGACAUCACCGCACAACCUAUAAAAUGCUAA